AUGUCCCUAGUACAGUAUUCUGAUUCGGAAUCCGACUCAGAAUCUAGAUCUUCUCUUCGCCCGGCCAAAAAACCUUGCCGCAACAUCAAUCAAGGUCCAUCGCUGCCGCCCCUACCUGCAUCAUUCCAUAGCCUCUAUGCCUCGAGCACACGUGUGAGUGUGCAAGAUGAUCCCAGCCUCCAUGGCGGCCGAAAACGCAUAAUUCCUCACGUAGAAGGAAACUGGCCAACACAUCUUUACCUCGAAUGGUACCCGGGGAAAGAUGAGCUGUCGCUCCUUGCAGAUGUCAUCUCUCAGUCUGGAUAUGUGGCAGAGGAAAAGGCACCCGUAGUGCACAGUCUUCUCCACAGCGAUCUCGGUGCCCAGUUACCCCUUCAUAUCAGCCUGUCUCGGCCAGUGAUUCUUCGCACUGAGCAGCGUGCCUUGUUCACUGAGGCGCUAGAAAAGGCUAUUCAUGCCUCGCAUGUUCUAUCAUUUCAUGUCCAACCAGAUACUUUAUAUUGGUCAUCCAAUUAUGAAAAGACACGUUGGUUUCUCGUCUUGGGCGUGCGGAGACCGAGCCAUGAUGGUCUGAACCGCCUCCUGAAGAUGUCAAACGAGACUCUCGCUCGCUUCGGGCAGCCGCCACUUUAUGCAACCUCUUCGACUCAAGAGCAACAGACCAGUGCAUCCCUCCGUGAUAGGAGCAGCAGUCAGGAGCGCGAGGAUUUCUCAGGGUGCUUCCAUAUCUCACUUGCUUGGCGUCUGUCAGAGCCUAGUCCGAAGGAAUCCGAACUGGUAGCCAAGAUAGAUUUGCAAACUUUGCGGGAGAUCCAGGUUAGAUUCGAUUGUGUUAAAGCAAAGAUUGGGAAUAUUGUCAGUAGCAUACCAUUAGGAAAAGGGAUAAAAUGA